GGUUCCGCAGACUGUUGCAGGAAGGAGUGGUGUGGGACACGUCUCGCUGGGCGGACGGACGGGGCCUCGCGGUUCUGAUUUGGAUUCUGGCGCCUGGGCCACGACGCCUUGAGGAGCUUUAUCAGGCGGUCUGAGAAGAUCUGGGGCGCCCAGGGCAUCCCGAAGUCACCCCGCCCCGCGCCAUGUCCCAUACGUUCACGAGGGGUGCUGUUUGGAAGUAUUUGCAGUCUGUCCAGUAUGGAUCCCAUGAAAAUAUUCCAAGACUUUCAUACCCAACUUUCUUGCCACGUUUUGAAUUCCAAGACAUUAUGCCUCCAGAUGACUCCCUAACUAGUGAUGAAGAGCAAGAUUUAGUUUUAUUUGGAACUAUGAGAGGACAAGUUGUUGGAUUACGCUAUUACACAGGAGUUGUAAAUAAUAAUGAAAUGGUUGCUUUACAACGAGAGCCUAAUAAUCCCUAUGAUAAGAAUGCUAUUAAAGUAAAUAAUGUGAAUGGAAAUCAGGUUGGCCAUUUAAAGAGAGAGCUUGCAGCUGCCGUGGCCUAUAUCAUGGACAACAAAUUGGCACAAGUGGAAGGUGUAGUUCCUUUUGGUGCAAGUAAUACUUUUACCAUGCCGCUUCAUAUGACUUUCUGGGGAAAAGAAGAAAAUAGAAAAGUGGUUUUAGAUCAGUUGAAAGAACAUGGAUUUAAGUUGGGUCCCACACCAAAAACUUUAGGGUCGAGUUUGGAGAAUGCACGGGGCUCUGGAAGAGCUGGACCAAGCUAUAGUAGGCCGGCUCAUGCUGCAGUGCAGAUGACAACUGCACAGCUCAAAACGGAAUUUGACAAAUUAUUUGAAGAUUUAAAAGAAGAUGAUAGAACUGUUGAAAUGGAACCAGCUGAGGCUAUUGAAACACCAUUGCUUCCACACCAAAAACAAGCUCUAGCUUGGAUGAUUGCACGAGAGAACAGCACAGAGCUACCACCAUUCUGGGAACAGCGCAAUGACUUAUAUUAUAAUACAAUAACAAAUUUUUCUGUGAAGGAACGACCGGAAAAUGUUCAUGGAGGAAUUUUAGCUGAUGAUAUGGGUUUGGGCAAAACUCUUACUGCCAUUGCUGUAAUUCUUACCAACUGUGAUGAUGGCGGGCCUCUCCUCAGUGGGAGAGGUGAGAAGACUCAUCCAGGAAAGGAAUACAAGGAUGAGACCAUUAAACUCAGAGGAAGUAAUAUGAACAAGAAGGAAGAUGGACACUCAGAGUCAUCCACGUGUGGUGAAGAACCCAGUAUUUCAGGUACUCCGGAGAAGAGUAGCUGUACUGUGUCAGAACUGUCUAGUGUCUGCCCUAAGAGAAGAAAAAUUACUGUACAGUACAUUGAAAGUAGUGAUUCAAAGGAAAUUGAGACAAGUGAACUGCCCCAGAAAAUGAAAGGCAAGCUGAAAAAUGCACAGUUAAAUACUAAAAGUAGAGUAAAAGGAUCAUCUAAGGUUAAAGAAGAUAAAAAAUUUUUACUUAAUUUUUUUGCUUCUGCAACAAAAAAGAAAAUGUUGAAAACAGGCACGUCUAUGACAGAGGGCUCAAAGGCAUGUGACACUGGAGAGAGGACAAGGACAACGCUGAUCAUCUGUCCACUCUCUGUGCUGAGCAACUGGAUUGACCAGUUUGGACAACAUGUAAAAUCAGAAGUGCACUUGAAUUUUUAUGUUUAUUAUGGUCCUGAUCGUAUUAGAGAUUCAGCCUGGCUUUCAAAACAGGAUAUUAUUUUGACUACUUACAGUGUUUUAACUCAUGAUUAUGGAACUAAAGAUGAUAGUCCAUUACAUAGCAUCAAGUGGUUAAGGGUGAUCCUGGAUGAAGGCCAUGCCAUUCGAAAUCCAAAUGCUCAGCAGACAAAAGCUGUACUUGAGUUAGAGGCAGAAAGAAGAUGGGUAUUGACAGGUACUCCUAUCCAGAAUUCUUUAAAGGACUUAUGGUCUCUUCUGUCCUUCUUAAAACUUAAACCAUUUAUUGAUAGAGAGUGGUGGCAUAGGAUCAUACAGCGUCCUGUCACUACAGGAGAUGAGGGAGGACUUAGGCGUUUACAGUCCUUAAUAAAAAAUAUCACGCUUAGAAGAACAAAGACAAGCAAAAUUAAAGGGAAACCUGUUUUGGAGUUGCCAGAAAGGAAAGUAUUUAUUCAGCAUAUUACUCUGUCAGAAGAAGAGAGAAAGAUUUAUCAAUCUGUUAAAAAUGAAGGCAAAGCUGCCAUUGGAAGGUAUUUUACUGAAGGGACUGUCCUUGCACACUAUGCAGAUGUCUUGGGUCUUCUGCUUAGAUUGCGGCAGAUUUGUUGCCAUACCCAUCUUCUUACAAACGGAAUGUCUUCAAGUGGCCCCUCCAGAAGUGAUACUCCUGAAGAGCUGAGGAAGAUGUUAAUAGAGAAGAUGAAGUUAAUUCUGAGCUCUGGUUCAGAUGAAGAAUGUGCAAUCUGCCUGGACUCCUUAGCAUUUCCUGUGAUAACCCAUUGUGCACAUGUGUUCUGUAAACCUUGUAUCUGUCAGGUCAUUCAGAGUGAGCAGCCACAUGCAAAGUGUCCUUUGUGCAGAAAUGAGAUACAUGUAGAUAAUCUAUUAGAAUGUCCUCCAGAAGAAUUGGCAUGUGACAGUGACAGAGAGUCCAGUAUGGAAUGGAAGUCCAGCUCAAAGAUUAAUGCUCUAAUGCAUGCUUUGAUUGAAUUACGGACAAAGGACCCCAGCAUAAAAAGUUUAGUUGUUUCUCAGUUUACCACAUUCCUGUCUUUAAUAGAAACACCUCUUAGAGCCUCAGGAUUUGUGUUUACUCGCUUAGAUGGUUCCAUGGCUCAGAAGAAAAGAGUUGAAUCAAUUCAGUGUUUUCAAAACACAGAAGCAGGAUCUCCUACGAUAAUGCUACUGUCCUUAAAGGCAGGUGGAGUCGGCUUAAAUCUCUGUGCAGCUUCUCGAGUGUUCUUAAUGGAUCCCGCCUGGAACCCUGCUGCAGAAGACCAGUGCUUUGACCGGUGCCAUCGACUUGGCCAGAAACAAGAGGUUAUCAUCACAAAAUUCAUUGUGAAGGACUCCGUUGAAGAAAAUAUGUUGAAAAUACAAAACACGAAACGAGAACUUGCAGCUGGAGCCUUUGGAACUAAGAAAACAGACGCCAGUGAAAUGAAGCAAGCUAAAAUCAAUGAAAUCAGAACCUUAAUUGACUUAUAAUUUGUGGGUUUUUUUCUAAGGUCAGUUUGAACAGACACUUAAGUUUUACAGCUGAAAAAUACAGAUUUAAGAAUGGGAUCUAGAGAAUGCUUUCUGGGGGGCAUAUUUUAUGUUAAUAUUUUAUGUGUUACUGACACGUCUCUUCUAUACCUGAAUCUAUUUUUAUGAUACUAGCAAUAAGUUCCCUUGUAAACUGGCCUGAAAGACGUUUUCAUACAAGUUCCUUUGCUCUCCAGGCUUCCAUUCCUUUGCUGAGUAUUUUCCUACAUUUCCCACGUAUCCCACAUCUUCACUGAAGUGUGGUCGAAACUUAUACUUUUGACCACUUAUUCCCCAAAGCCUUUGGUUGAUGAUUCAGUGAAUCCACGGUUCUUGUAAAUUAUGUACAAAUAUAUACAGACUAUAGGAAAGAUUUUAUUGGAUGUUCAAAAACUAUAGUUGCAUUCAUAACUAAACCUUGAAUAAAACACCAAAGUUCAGAGGGCAAUUUAAUUGCAAUUUUUUCUUUGUUGAGAUAUAACAUAUAUGUGACCUUCCAUAUGUGUUUAGAGAAAAUUUACAGAAAAAAAGCAUUUUGUGUUCAUUUUAGUAAAGUGGUACAUUCAUUAUUUAAAUGUGAUGAUAGAGGCACAGGGUGUUAAUAUUAGGGGUGAAGGAACCAGUUCUACCUGGUUUGUCUUGAACGCUUAUAUUUGUAAUUUAAAUAGAUAUUUUUGUAAGUGCUCUCUAUUUAUGUAGGUCUUUUGGAAAUAACUUUAUAAAUUUAAUACAGAAGACUACUACUAAACCUCAGAGGUGUGAUAAUCAGGAUGGAAAUUGGGAUGGAUGACCUUUAAAGUUCAACUCUUAAAGACAUUUUAAUCACGAAUCUAAAAAUGCUGUUGUGAGUUUAGAAUCAGAAUUUAAUUUUGGAACUUUACUAAUUGAUCUCUUCAUUUUUUUAAACCCUUUUUUGGGAAGUUAAUGACUAUGACUCAUAGUUAAAACAAAUACAGUCAAGGUAUAUAACAAUAGCUUUAUUUUCUGUUGUUGUUGUUGUUGUUGUUGUUUUUGAAUCCAGAGACAAGAUGACUAAGAAAAAGCUUUAUGGUUUAUGGUAUAGACUGAAGAACAACUGAGAUUUUAUUUAUGAGAGACCUGACUAAGAUGAUAGAUACCCUUCUCUUACUCACUAAAUCCUCCCCAACCUGUUAUUCCUCCAAGGGAACAGGAUUAGCCAGCAUCUCCUCUGUUCCGUUUCUCAUCUGUCCUCAGCCAGGUGAGGCAGAGGAGUGCUCAGGUCAGGUUUGCUGUGGGGUGAAAGUGGAAUAACUGGGAUUGGCCGCUAGGGUUAGUAACCCAUGGGAGAUUUUGUAGACUAGUAUCACAUACAAAUCAAGUCUCAUUAUGUAUGGCAUUAGAGUUCUUUAGUUCCUAUACACCGUGAAAUUAAGUAUAAACUAGUUAUGGCCCAAAUAAACAAGAAAGAAGCACACACAGUCUACUCCUUUUAAUUACAAAUAAACUGAGGUUCAAAAGUGAAGGCCAUGUGCAUCUUGUCCGGAAAAUUACAGGGCUAUCUAUGCUUUAAAACAUGAGACCAAUCAAAUUUGGUGUUAAUAAAAAAAGUUAAUUCUAAGAUAUAUAAACCACUGGAAUGAAGAAUUUUAUGCUCUGCUGUUUUACUACUUAGAAAUGUACUGAAAAUAUUUCAGAUUGUGUUUCCAACUAGAUUUUUCUUUAAAUAAAAAAAUUAAUAAAAAUCUAAAAA